AUGCGGACGCUGAAAUGGUGCCUGUUCUUGCCUCUGUGCCUGUCCUGCGGCUGCGCCUUUAUGUUUUCUUCCGCGAGGGGGAACGUCAAAGAACCCCAGGGCCAGGUGCCCUGCGGAGGGCACUUCCGGAUUAGGCAGAGCCUACCAGAGCACGCCCAAGGCUGGCUCGCCAGCAAGUGGCUCUGGCUCUUGUUUGUGGUUGUACUGUACGUGAUUCUAAAGUUUCGAGGACACAAUGAGAAGAGUAAGGAAAAGAAUCCUCCUGGCCUUCGAGGCUGUUCGUUGCGCGCGACACUGAAGAAAAAUCAGACUGCUUCCCCCAGCAAAGACUUCGCGUUUACUACCUUACACCAGCUCGAGAUGGAACUUGUGAAAUUUCUAUCCAGGGUGCGGCAUCUGAAGGAUGCGGCGGCCAAUGGCAGUAACCUCAAGCUUCCGACCUUUGAGGUGCCUUCAGACCCACAAAACAAUGUUACAAUAUAUGAAAUAUGGGGCGAAGAAGAAUGCGAAUGA